CUGCUCAGGUGCUCUAACAAUAAAGAGACUGUUCAUUCCUAUAGUGAGGCACUCAGGCCAAAGCACUGCUUUAUUAGGACUAAACCUGACCAGAAGAGUCUACAGCCUGAAGGAUUAGCACUCCACUGAGCCGUACAUUAUGAAGGAAAAGUCUCUGUACUGGAUUAUUGGGCUCCUAGUAUCUUUUUCAGGUGUUGUUUUGCCUGGCAGUGUCACUGUAGCUCCUGACGGUGGCACGACGUCUGCACAUGCCAGCUCUGCCUAUAUCAUUGGCAUCAAAAUCAUCAACCGGAUUUUCAAUGACUCACUCACGGACCAACAAUCAAUGCAGUACAAAAUACUGAGACGGGAGGUAGAGAAUGUGUUUUCCAACACUUAUAGCUAUACACCAUCGAUCCAGUAUGAAGGCAUUUCAGACAUGACUUUCAGCAAUGGAUCUGUGAUUGCCACUUCCACUGCACUGUUUGGCAGCAAGCAAAUCAAUCAGUUUAUUGUGAAAAAUGUCUUUGUUUCUAAUUACGAACUUCAUCCAUCUCUGAUUCUGGAUCUAAACACCAGCUAUACUGCAGAUCAAGAACCCACAGCUGCAAUGCUCCCUCUGGAGCAAGAAUCUAAAACAAUUACACCUCACUCAGUCAGCACCUCCACCACUGUACUCACCACCGCUACACACACCACCGUGACCAGCAGCUCACCACCCACACACUCCUCUACACACUCCUUCACAUAUUCCACCACACACCCCUCCACACAAUCCUCCACACACUCCUCCACACAAUCCACCACAAAUUCCUCCACACAGUCCUCCACACAAACCUCCACACAAUCCUCCACACAAUCCUUCACAAAUUCCUCCACACACUCCUCCACACACUCCUCCACACACUCCUCCACACACACCUCCGCACACUCCUCCACAAACUCUUCUACACAUGCAUCAACGAUCACUACCAACCAUUCCAGCACAGAUCCUACAUCUCACACCUCUAGACCACCACAACAUGUCACUUCUACAACUUCGCACUGGUCCACCAGCUUGAAUAAUGAGACUCACUCAACUGUACAUCCAGCGAACAAUUCUUCGCAUCAUCAGAAUGAAACGUUCACUGCAACGAUCAGCACCAGUGUCACGGUGAAUCCCAGCAACCUCACCACAGCAUCUUCCAGUCAUUCAGCUGCCAAUCACUCAGCCAGUCCUGGAGGAAAUGUAUCUGAGAAGCCUUCAGGCCCCGAAGUGCCAGGCACAGCCCAAGUGCACCAUUCCACUUCCAGCUCAACCACCACGGGCUCAACAGCAGAGCAAGGCGUGCCCGGCUGGGGCGUGGCCCUGCUAGUGCUGGCGGCCAUCAUACUCUUCCUCCUCCUCCUCCUCUUCAUACUGCUGCUGCUGUGUUGGUGCUGUUGGUGGAGACGACGGGGCUUCAUGAACGUGUCUGAUCCGGACCCCCCAGGCUACUAUAACCCUGACAUUCCUAUGUACUCCACACACAGCACGUUUGACUCGCACAACGGCAAGUCACCGGUGAGUAAAUCUCGAUCUAUACCUUAGUGCCACGGCCCAGUGCUUUACAGUUUACAUCAAAAUGCUUUGAGAGCACUC